UCACCAACCAACCAUAUAGUUUCACCACCACGGCGCAAACACCAGCACCGUCACGCCUUGAGUCACAUGCAGCUAUAUAAACCCUGCGCGCGCCACAGUUAGCAGCAUACUCAACCAAACUCAACACAAGACACGACUACAUAUGAUGGAGUCCGUGGUAGCGGCCGCGGCUGCCGGAAUCGAGCCGUUCCCAGCGGUGGACAAGUGCAACGCGUCGGCCCGCGGCGGGCACUCAGUGGCCGCGGACCUCGACGGGACGCUCCUCCGUUCCCGGAGCGCCUUCCCGUACUACGCGCUCGUGGCCUUCGAGGCCGGCGGCUGGCCCCGGCUCCUCCUCCUGCUCCUCCUGUCCCCGCUCGCCGCGCUGCUGGACCUCGCGUUCGCGUCCGAGUCCUGGUCAACCCGGGUGCUCGUGUUCGCGGCCACGGCGGGCGUCCGCGUGUCGGCGGUCGAGUCCGCGGCGCGCGCCGUGCUGCCCAGGUUUUACGCGGCCGACGUGCACCCGGGCGCGCUUCGCGUGUUCUCGGCGUGCUCGGGCCGGCGGGUCGUGCUCACGUCCACUCCCCGGGUCAUGGCGGAGCCGUUCCUCAAGGACUGCCUCGGCGCCGACGACGUGGCCGGCACCGAGCUGGCCACGUGGUGUGGGCGCGCCACGGGGCUCGUCGACACGACGCGCUGCGGCGGCAUGCUGAUCGGGCGGCGCAAGGCCGAGGCGCUGCGCGAGAUGUUCGGCGGGGACGAGGGAGACGCGCCGGACGUCGGCCUCGGCGACCGCCGAUCCGACUACCCGUUCAUGUGCCUCUGCAAGGAGGCGUACAUCGUCCCGUCGGCGCCGGUGGAGGCCGUGAGCAUGGACCAGCUGCCUCGUCCGGUCAUCUUCCACGACGGCCGCCUGGCGCUCCGGCCGACGCCGCUGGCCGCGCUGCUCGUGGUGCUGUGGUUCCCCGCGGGGCUGGUGCUGGCGUGCCUCCGCAUCGCCGCGGGCGCGCUGCUGCCCAUGCACUGGGUCUACUACGCGUUCUGGGCGCUGGGCGUGCGCGUGGUGGUGAGGGGCAGCCCACCGCCGCGGGCCCACAGUGCGUCGGGCCGCAAGGGGGUGCUCUUCGCGUGCUCGCACCGCACGCUGCUGGACCCGAUCUUCCUGUCCGUGGCGCUGGGCCGGCCCGUUGCCGCCGUGACGUACUCGCUGUCCAGGCUCUCGGAGAUGCUGUCGCCGAUCCGGACCGUGCGGCUGAGCCGCGACCGCGCCACGGACGCCGCCAUGAUCAGCAAGCUCCUGGAGGAAGGCGACCUGGCCAUCUGCCCCGAGGGCACCACGUCCAGGGAGCCCUUCCUGCUGCGCUUCUCCGCGCUCUUCGCCGAGCUCACGGACGAGGUGGUGCCCGUGGCUAUGGAGAGCCGGAUGGGCAUGUUCCAUGGUACCACGGCCAGGGGGUGGAAAGGGAUGGACCCAUUCUACUUCUUCAUGAACCCAAGCCCCGUGUACACCGUCAACUUCUUGAGCAAGCUGCCGGCGGAGCUCACCUGCGGAGGCGGCGGGAAGCCCAGCCACGAGGUGGCCAACUACAUCCAGAGGCUCAUCGCCGCCACGCUCUCCUACCAGUGCACCAGCCUCACCAGGAAGGACAAGUACAGGGCCCUCGCUGGCAACGACGGCAUCGUCGCCGUCAAAAAACCUCGCUAAAUACUGUGCUGGAGCACUUUGUUACUUACCAUCCAUAUUUAAUUGUUUGAUUUGUGCUUGUAUUGAUGUGCAUAUCAUGCAUUGCCAGUAAUUAGUCCCUCCUCUUGAUUGCUCGCUCCACUCUCGACCUUCUUCUCUGAUGACUUGUACCAGCUGGGAGUUGAAUGCAAUUUUACUACAGUAGCACUACACAAGUUAA